UACAAGUCAAACAUUAAAAGAAACCAAGACAAUUUACGGAUGAGUCCAUUGUUAAGGCAAAAAGUCUGUUGGAGUUAGAUGACUUUACUCUCCUAAGAACUUUCUGCAGAAAACAUUGGCAAGGCAUUGAGGUGGAAGAAAGAUUUUCAGGUGCAGACAUGUCUUAUAUUCCCCCACAUAAGCGACACUCAAAGGAUCCAAACAGACCCUCGCCUGUUCCAGAUUCUCUCGUUACAAAAUUCAAGAACAACCUUGACUUCAAGAGUAGCAGUGAUAAAAUCAACCGUGUUACAUUUUCAGAGAAUUUCAUUUCCAAAUGGCUUCUUGUUAGUUCAAAUGGAAUCAAGGAUGAGCUUCCUGCAUCUGUUGAUCUUGUGCCCUUUUCCUCGGAUUCUGUCGAAUGCUUAAAUGGAGAAAGGCCUUUGGUAUUGAUGAACAACGACAUCAACAAAGUGAGCGAACAAGAAGAGAGAACACAGUGGCUGUUAAUAGCAGAGAAGGUGGAAGAGGAUCUUGUGUUGGCAUAUGAGCGAGCUAAGACUUCAGUAGAGGAGAAUCAACAUGUAUUGAGAUUGGUUGCUAGGUUUGGUAAAAUACUCCUCUACAAGAGGAAACCUGGUCCUCUAGCUGAAUUCUCACAGAAAAACUUUAAGAAGAUGUUCUCUACAAAUGUCCCAACUUCUAACUUGCAACACAUGAUGUCUAAUGUGGUACCAAACCAUGGAUUCUCUGUUGACUUGGAGAAGGAAACAUACACUGUGAAGUUAUCUCAUAGUACUCGCCCCACUGAAACAAUCAACUGUAAGUGUACCAUUAAGGAAGACGGAAGGCUCAGUAUGUACAAGGCUGAGCUUAAUGUUGUAUGGCAUAUGGUUGUUGAUAUGUCAUGCAUUGAUAAGAGCCUGGACAUGAGGCUGAUGCUUGCUGCCAAAAGGAAAAUGACGGCUCUCACUGAGAAGGAGAUAAGUGAUAUUAAAGGGCUACUGGAUUCAGCAACUGUUGAUCCAAAUGUGAAAGGCGGUUUAAGGUGGCCUCUUGGUAAAGCUUCAUCUGGAGAUGGAUACAGAAUAUUUGAAGUUUGUCACGUUAGAGCUACUAUCUACAAAAACCAGACUCUCAGCCUUAGAGUGAGAGAGACUGAUAGAUUCAAUGAGAGGACUGGAACAGGAGCAGUCAAGAGAGAGGUGACCUUGAUACUUAAAGAUGUCAACACUAAGUUACAGGAGCAGAAUAUUGAGAGGGGUUGUGUUAUUGAAAUGCUUCGAGAUACUCUUGGAACCAUAUGGGACUUUAUGCAUUGUGAUGCCUCCUCUCUUACGUAACUAAGAAGCGUGUGAUGUUGCUAAUACUAUUGGUUUUCUCUUUUACUUUCUCCUGAUUUUAGUACAAUAACAAUGUUAAGGGUUGAACUUGCGUGUGAAAAAAAAAAAAAAAUAAACAGAAUUUGUUUGUUUGUUGCACCUAAUUU